AUGAAGACAGGGAUUUGCAUCGGGAUCCACCUGCUCACUGUCCAACUGGCCCUGAGGGAGACGGCUCAUCCCACUAGCAAGCCAUUACUCUGGGACCUCCUGACAGCACCGAUCAAGCGCAGUUCCGCGCUCAUCAUGAGGCCAGGUUUCAGUCCCCGAGGGGGUGGCUUCAGAGGCCGAGGCGGGUUUGGCGACCGAGGUGGCUUUGGGGGUGACCGUGGUGGCCGCGGUGGCCGAGGAGGCUUUGGCGGAGGCUUUGGUGGAGGCCGAGGUCGAGGAGGUGGCGGCGGCUUCAGGGGCCGUGGUCGAGGAGGAGGACGAGGUGGAGGAGGGUUCCAGUCUGGCAACCGGGGUCGUGGGAGGGGAGGAAAACGAGGAAACCCAUCUGGGAAGAAUGUGAUGGUGGAACCUCAUCGGCAUGAGGGUGUUUUCAUUUGCCGCGGAAAGGAAGAUGCGCUGGUCACCAAGAAUCUGGUCCCUGGAGAAUCGGUGUAUGGAGAAAAGCGAGUCUCCAUUUCGGAGGGAGAGGACAAAAUUGAGUACCGUGCCUGGAACCCUUUCCGCUCAAAGCUGGCAGCAGCGAUCCUGGGUGGCGUGGACCAGAUCCACAUCAAGCCAGGGGCUAAGGUGCUCUACCUUGGAGCUGCCUCAGGCACCACUGUCUCCCACGUCUCUGACAUUGUAGGCCAGGAUGGUCUAGUUUAUGCAGUCGAGUUCUCCCAUCGUUCUGGCCGUGACCUCAUUAACCUGGCCAAGAAGAGGACCAACAUAAUCCCUGUCAUUGAAGACGCAAGGCAUCCGCACAAAUACCGAAUGCUCAUCGCAAUGGUGGACGUGAUCUUUGCUGACGUGGCCCAGCCUGACCAGACGCGAAUUGUGGCCCUGAAUGCCCAUACGUUCCUACGUAAUGGAGGGCACUUUGUGAUUUCUAUUAAGGCCAACUGCAUUGACUCCACGGCCUCAGCUGAGGCAGUAUUUGCUUCUGAAGUGAAGAAGAUGCAGCAGGAGAACAUGAAGCCCCAGGAGCAGUUGACCCUGGAGCCAUAUGAAAGGGACCACGCUGUGGUGGUGGGUGUGUACAGGCCACCCCCCAAAGUGAAGAACUGAAGCCUAAUGACGUCUGGAUUGUGAGAUUUUGUUGUUGCUGUUGCACGUGUGUUUUUCUAUUAAAAGACUCAUUCG